UCACUACGGUUAAAAAAUCAUCUUCCUUGUAGUGUUCGGCAGUAUAUAUAUUAGUGUUUCUCACAUGUAGGGGAAGGACUGCAGUAAUACGUUCUUGUUAUCCUUCAGUGAACAUCAUCAACAAGGAAGCAUGGUAUCUAUACAAUACUGCAUAUUGUUUUGGGUCUGUACACUUGCUACGUGGAAGCUCAGCACAGGAUUGCAAGCAAAUGGUGUAAACGUAGAGGCGUAUACAACUUACAGGUCAUCACGAUACACAACGGCGUGUGGUUUUCUUGGUUGGCAACGAUGCGGAAGAUACAGGCAGAGGUCGGUCACAAAUUACAGAUGCAAAUCAGGAUACAGAAACACAGAUAGCACAGGCUGCCCACAUCCUAUAUGUGACAGCGAGAUCAAUUCCGCUGCUUGCAACAUCGACUACAGGACAUCUCACAUCGUCUACAGUAACGGCAACACACAGUUCAAGAGUGGGGGCAGCUGUACUUCCCCCUGGGAUCUGUUCCAACUGUAAUGAAGGCUUUUACCCCAGCAGAGAACGCUGCAGAAUGUGCAGCGCCAUCAGUAACUGUGACCUGGAGACAUGCACCAGCAGCAGCAACCAGGUGUGUAGUCGCUGUGAGGGGGUCGUGCUGGACCAGGCAGGACACAGGGCAUAUGUGGCGUCUUCUGACAGAAGAUCAUGCAUACAGGCGUGCUCGUGGCGGAGUGACAGCACCCGAUGUUAUCCCGGGACCUGCAGGAACGAGUACGCCAGUAACUGUGCCUGCUCCAGCGGCUUCACAGGGAAACAUUGUCAGACAAUAACAACGAAGCCCACAAUACACUUCAACCUCCUAAGACUGUCCGCGAGCAACGGCGACACGACAGAGGCACCUCCCGACAUCAACAGUGGUCCAUUUCAGUCCACUAGCUGGUCAAACAUCAACUCUGCAUCUAGAAUGUACUAUAAGUUUACGGCUGAGUACAAAAUGGUACCUCCAUCCAGACAUGCCUUCAUUGAAAACUUCCGUGUUGGAAUUGUCAGUGGUGCUGCUACAUUCAAACUAAAGAGAGGUGUGUGGGAUAAAAGAGGUCACACUAUGCAUAAUAUAACAUAUUCUGUAUGCAUUCAAAGUUUGAACGGAUUUUCUAACGAGUUUGGUAUAUCAUCGUUCAUCUGACUGUACAAAGACAU